AUGACUGAUGUCUUCCUCGCGUUCAAUUGCAUAGUUGGUCCGCGACAAAUCCCCACGAUGGCUUAUCGACCCCAGGCCAACGACGCUGACCCGAGCCGUGAAGAUGUAUGUCGCCAACGUGAACCAAAAGGACUGGAACGAGUAUGCCGAGCGCCUGACGUUUCGUUGAACACGGCCCAAGAUCGCGUUCGAGGUGACACGCCGUUCUUCCUUGUUCAUGGAUGGGAUCCGCGAUCAACCUUGGAAGCUUCGCUGCCGGUAGUAAGUACUCACCGUCGAUAUCGCAAUCCACGUCGAUGGCGAAACCAUGUGCAGAGUCAUUACCAACGCGCCCGCGAAGUCGUCAACGAGCGUCUGUGUGAAGCUAUUCGCGAUCGGGCCGACCACCAUAACGAAGGUCUUCGUCCGUAUAACUUCAAGGCUGGAGGUCAGGUAUGGUUGUAUCUUGAUCGCGUCAAGGUCGACUACGCACGGAAGCUUGCACACCUCUGA